AUGUUCGCAAGAAGAGCAUUAACAAACGUCACUAAGAGAUCCCCAUACAGAGUGAUGGGUGUGAGAUUCACUUCCAGCGAAGGAGCUACGGGUUCUGUGAGACAGAACGGAUCUUCCGAUAACUUUACGGAGGAUUUAUAUAUCAAGAAACAACAGGCCGAGCAGAUUGCUGCUUUAAAGGUUCAAUUGGCAGAGCAAAAGAAGCAGUUGGACAGAUUGGAGAAACAGAGCCAAGUUGAUCCACAGAUUGAGACUGACAAAAACUAA